AUGUAUUUAUUUUAUCAUUGUAUUUGUUUUUAUGAACCAUUUACUUCAUUAGCAGAUACAUUUAAUGAACCUUCAUAUUUGUUAAGUUUUUUUGUUGGAAUUUUACAUUAUUUAUCUUAUUGUCAAUUUAUUUUUUCAACUUAUUUAUCAUUUACAAGAUUUAUUUUGGUAUUUUUUAAUAGCUCUGGAUCAAGGAUUUUAAAAAGAACUUUUUAUCCUGUUAUUUUAUCACUUUUUAUUAUAAGCAUGUCUCCACUUUGGCCUGUAAUAUCAUCUAAAGCUCAAUUUCAAAGAAUAAAUAGUCUUUAUACAAAUGGACAUAACUUAUCAAUUUUGGUAAAUAAUAAAGAUAAUUGGAUACAUGACUAUUCAUAUAAUACAAAUUCAUUUAUCUAUUAUUCUAUUUGUUUUUUAUCAACAAUAAUUUUCAAUUUGUUUUCAAUAUAUCAUUUAAUAUCUAAUAAUUGUUAUAAAGAUAGUAUUACUUAUGCUAAUGUAAAAGAGAAAUAUGAAAAUAAAUAUAUGUUAGCUUACUCAUUAAUUUUAACAUUAUGUCAAUUAUUUUUUAUUAUUUAUUAUUGGGAAUGGAAUAUAUCAUUACAAAAUACAAAUGAUUUAAGUUUAUUUUAUAUUUUGUUCAAAUUUAGCAUAUUUUUUGUUCAUUUUACAUUUGUUAUCAAUUUGUAUUCAUUUAUAAUUUUAACAAAACCAUUGAGAAAUUUAAUGAUUGAAUGUUUUAAGUGUAAAAAAGAAGUUGAAUUAAAUAGAACUAUUAUUGCAUCAAGUUUUAAUGCAAGAACAAUAUAA